CUGUUAACCAAGAUCCAGAUUUUAAGCCAAGAAUUACAGACAUGUUCAGAAUACUUCGAGAUUGUCACAAAGAAUUCAUCAAAGCUCCACCAUCAUCUAUAAAUUCGCAAAAACAAGGUUACAUGCAAACAAAACUAAAGAACCCGGCAAUACCAACUCCAAAACGAAAAUUCAGAUAUGCUGAUUCGGGUAAUAUUAAGGACAAAGAAAAGGUUAUUGCGGAAUUAUUUAAAGAAGUUGCUGAUGAUGAAGCAAAUGAAUUUCCUGAGGCGAAAUUAAGAUAUGGGGAUUGCUUAUAUAAUGGUAAAGGUGUUAAACAGAAUUUGGUGGAAGCCCUCAAAUAUUUUGAGAAAGCUGCCGAAAAUGGCCUUAAAGUGGCAAUGUAUAAUGCUGGAAAUCUACAUUUUAAAGGUUGUGGCGGUGAUAAAAGAGAUUUACAAAAAGCUGAAUAUUAUAUGAAAUUAGCUGCGUAUAUUGAAUAUCCUCCCGCAAUCAAGUUUUGUAAAGAACAUGAUUUUUAUUGA